GCUCUCUCACACCUCAUAUGCUCUCCACCUCGUUCAGCCGUCCGCCAUCGCCGGAAAUCGCCUCACGGCGGCGGACAGUUUCCUAAGCGACCCAAAUUUUCACCCUAUGAUCUCCAGCACCUCCUCUUUCUAUACCCCCUAGCCUCAUCCUUCAAAACCUUCCGAAAUUUCAGUUAUAGCAGAUCUAGGAACCUAAAUUCAUCCCCUUUUUAAUUUUUCCCAAAUUCCGGCCUAUUUUGAUUAAAUGCCAACACCAAUCGACUUCUCCCGACGGGUACUACCAUUUCACGGUGGUCUUGGACCGUCGGAAACCCUAGCCGCUCCUGUUUGGAUUUUGUUUUCGGUCAUUUGGGUUCGAAAUAGACAUCAGUCGAUUGCUCUUGAUAAGAGCAAUCGAUUGAUGGCAGUUUUUGACUCAUCACUUGGCCACGUUAGUCCGGUCAGAUUUUGCCUCUGCUUUUGUCCGCCAUUUUUGCUUCGAUGGCUGUUUCUUAAGGGUAAAUCGGUAUAUCCACUCAUUUUUCCUAUUCGUUUGUUGAUUGUGUUUCUUUUGAUUGAUUAAUUACGUUUUUAUUUUUAUUUGCAUGAUCAAUUAGAAUAGUUAAUAUGUUGAGUUAGGUUAAUUAAGAGUCAGCAUUUAGUAUAAUUAGAGUUCAAAAUAUAGUAUUUGUUGUGUUGAUUUUCUUUUGGGCUUUCUCCUAUUGAAGCCGGAUUGGGCCUGGCUUGGGCCAUUUGGCCAUGGCACUUGGCCCAGACCUGAUCAGAUAGUGUGAAGUAACACCUGGCACUUUUCAGUUGCAAAAUAUUCCCUCCCUUCUCAUUUCUCUAAAUUCACGGUGAAAUAUUCCCCUCCCUGUCAGACCCUCUCUCUAUUCUAACACCUAUAUACACUCCUGAGGGCAGAAUUUAGACGACACUCCCUCAUUUUUCAUAGACGGAUCUUCUCUUUUACCAUUAGAAAUUCAUUUUUUGUAAUACACUCACAUACAAUUAGGACUCACAGUAAAAAAAAAAACUGAAAAGAAAAGAGAAUUUCAAAAGGUAUUGGAGUUCCUAUCAUUCUGUCUCAAUAAUUUCUGGAUUUUUGUUUGGCUGUGGGUUUAAAGUUGGAGCUGUGUGGUUGAUUCUGCCUGGUUGAACUCUUCUCAUCUGCAGCGGGCCUUGUCUAGCUCUUUUCAGUGUUGUUUCUGCAGUUAAGUUCCCAACAAUGAAGACGGAAACCGAAACAAAGCUAUGGCUCUCUCUUUUUCUGGCCAUGUACACAGCCAUCACUUUUCUUCUGCUUAUUGAUGGUACUUUUGUUCAGCAACAUCAUCUCGAGUAUAGUAUUGUUGCAUUUAGUUUCAUGAUGGCCUUUGGUUUGAUGGGGGCGAAUUUCCUUUUUGAGGGUGGGGAGCUUCCGGUUCUAGAAAAUAGGAAGUAUGUCAAGUAUUGCAAUCUAGUUGGCCCAGUUUCAUGUAUCUUUGUUGUUCUUUUACUGCAUGAUAGACAGCCUAUCAGUGAUUGUAUCUAUUGGGUGCUUCUUUGUGCACCGGUGGGCUCCUUUUCCCUUAUCAUGAUGCUGAGGCCCGUCAGUACGGACAUGGGAUCAUUUUAUCCAUUCUGCAUACUGGCCUUUAGUAUCUCGCUCAGAGACUAUCACUAUUCCUGGAAGACUUGGGCUGCCAUGGCACUAUCCCUAUUCCUUAUGUUUACGAGAGCCCAUAUGGAGACUAGGACUAUUUCUGCUAUUGCUGCGAGGAAGAGGGCCCUUCGUGAUGCUGUUGAGUCGUCUACUGGUGCUGGUGCUGAUGCUUAGUGGAGUUCUUUAGGGCACUAUUUAGAAAAGCUGCUACUUUUUAAUUUUGUUAAUUGGCUUCAAUCAUGUCCAAGUUAAUAGGUAGAGGUUGUAGAGAACAACUUGAUUGUGGGCGUGCUGUAAAAUGGAGAUUGACUGUUUAAUUGGUCAUGAGUUAAGUAAGUUCAGGCUUC